GUAGUCUAUUAACUUGAUACCGUAGUAAAGUGACGCAAGAAGGAUAUAUUUUAGUAUCUUUGAACUCUGUCCUGAAAAGGCAGGUUGUGAGUUGCAGGAAGUGAGUGUCGUCAUUGUUUGAGAGACUUCAUUUAAAUCGCAUAUAUAGUGUUACUUUACUCUAGUACGAGGAGUUGUCACAAGGAGGGACAUUGCUGAGCUAAAUGGUGUUAUAGAAUACGUACCUCUCAGUAAUUGAAAUGUGUGAGUAUCUAAUUGAAAACACAUGGCAUGGAGAUGCUAUCAAGUCACACGACCCAGUCAAACUGACAUUAUCUGCAAGUGCUGAUAACAAAUAUAUUGUUGUGAAAGUAGAUGCACCAUUUUUCAAUGAUCCUGGAAUACCAAAUGCACCAGCUGGAGAACCAUGUCCACAGCUUUGGGAUUAUGAAGUUGUUGAAAUUUUCUUUCUUGGUGAGGAUACAAAGUACUUAGAAGUUGAGCUGUGCCCGCAUGGUCAACAUUUAGUUCUAAUGUUAAAAGGGAUAAAAAAUAUUAUCAAGGACGAACUGGAACUCCAAUAUACUGUAGAGAAGAGUGAAAAAAGGUGGACUGGUGAGGCCAAGAUACCUGUGGAGUACCUACCUCCUAAUGUGACUUUGCUGAAUGCCUAUGCUAUCCAUGGUUCUGGAGAAUCAAGGCAAUAUGAAGCUCUCUACCCUGCUAAUAAAGAAUUUGAUCAACCAAACUUUCACAGAUUACAGUUUUUCAAGCCAUUCGAAGUAAACUCAUUAUUUCCGAACCUUGUUGCAAACUAUGUCCAGUCACCUCAUUGGGCUUAACAGAACAACUAUCAAAUAUUUUAAUGAUGGAGUGAUGAGAGCACAGUUCUAAGCGCAUAACUUACUUAGAUUGUACUAGUCAUCUACUGACAAUUCUGUAUCAACGUAGCUGUAAUAUUUCUACUUUACAAAGUCGACCAUUUGGAAAGUAUAAAUCCUCUUUUGUACUCUUCAGAAUAACAUUCACAUCAUUAGAUGUGCAAUGACUUAUUUGCUGAUUGUAAUUGCCAGUUUUAAAAUAACUGAAAUCUUUCAACAAAUCAUCACAAUUGAAUUAAAUAU